AUGUCAGCGAGCGGAGGCUUAUCUAAGGAGGAAUUUCUGAUAUUGCAAGAGCAGCUAAUAGCCCUACGAAAUAGGAAUUAUGAGCUGCAAGAAAAUCUGCACAAGAAGGACCAAGAGAUUGCACAACUUUCCUCUCCGAAGUCGGAAGCAUUACAAUUUGCAAGCAAGUUAAUGAAUCGACGUGACAAAGAAAAAGAACUUACUCAAAAGUAUGAAGCGGAAUUGGAUUCUCUUCGCGUGAAGCUUACGACGCAAGAGGAAGAGUUCCAUCUACAGCAGGAAACACUAAUAUCUGAGCUAAAUAAGGUGGUUUCGCAAAAUCAGUCUAUGCAGAAGGAGUUAGACCAGUUCAGAUCAUGCGGAUCUCUCUACGCUUCUCCUCAAGCAGGAACUCCUUGUGAACCGCAACCCUUCGUUCCGGUAGACUAUAUACAACAGAAUGUUAACUUGGAAACCACUCCUGUGUCUGCCGACAGUCUUAUAGCGAACUGCGAAUCUGCACUUCUUUCUGAGAACGAAAAUCGACUUAAAGGAAUGGAAACGUCUCUUGUUGAAAAGGAGGCCAUGGUUUCAGCUUUGGAGGGCAAACUUUUGGAGUACAAAGAAAGUUUAACUAAAUUAGAAGACACUGUUGCACUGCUCUCGGAAGAAAAAGCUUCUCAUAACAAGAUAAUCGCAGAGAAGGAAGCAAAGAUGUGCUCGCUUUUGGAGGAACUUUACUCGUUAAAGAAGACCAUCGCCGAGAAAGAGGAAUUCAAUUCCUAUUUGAUAUCAUCUAUGUCAUCAAUAUGGAAGGGUAUGAAAGGUGAUGAAGUACAGUUUGCCGAUGCGGAUAGAAACUCCGUUGAACAAGAUAUAUCUGCGCUACUCCAUUCAAUUUCUUUGAAUAAAGAAAAGAACCUACAAACUCAGGCCGAGAAGGACUCUUUACUAAAGGAAGCGUUACUUCUUCGUAACGAAAUAGAAGCGGUGAAAUCAAAGCUUAUCCAAGUAGAAGAGUGUCGAAAAGAAGAGAAGAAUGCAGCAGAAAAUAAAAUAAGUUCGUUAUCUCAUGAAAUCUUUUCGGAAAGAGAGAAGCACAUGCAAGAAUUGAAUUCGCGUUUGGCUCUGUCGAACAGUAUGUCUGAGGAUUUAAAGAACAAACUAGCAGCGUUAGAGGAGACAUGUGAAAAACAAGUCGAAGACAGAGUUCUCCUACUCGAGACGCGGUAUCAGCUUGAAUUAUCCGAUCGUGAAAAGAGUUUCGAGAAGGAGAGAGAAGAGUGGAGCAGGAAACUGCACUCAGCUGAAGCUUCUCUCGCAGCCAAAGAUGAGGAGAAGGCAAUGUCGCUCAAGAAACAGGCGGCACUGGUGAAAGAACUGCAACGAGCACUUCGAGAAGAAAAGAAAAGGGCUGAGUCCAUGGAAAGGCAGGGAAUUUGUUGUUCGGAAGAACGAGGAUGGCACCUGGUGGCCGACUCAGAUGCAAAAAGUGGACAGACUUUGGAUGGUGCAGACAGUCACAGUAUUUCGUCAGCAAGUGCUCUGGAAUCGGAUAACGCUGAACUUAUCCACAGACUAACGUCAUUGCAAAGGACACAUGCAGAUGCUUUGGACAGAAUCAGUGCACUCGAAAGCGAAAACUUACGUUUAAAUAAUGAGGUUGAGGAGAAACGAGAGCUGAUUGAGCACUGGAUAAGAAAGCGCCCUCUUAUGCAAGGUUCAGGAACGAUGACACCUAGUAAACCAGAAGGAAGUCUGCGUAGGUUUCUUACAACAACCUUGACCGGCGACGACGCUAUAAAUGACGUGAGGGACAUGAACAGAAAGUUGCAACGCAUGUUGGAGGAAACUUUAUCGAAGAAUAUCAUUCUUCAAAGGGAUCUUCAAACCCUCUUGGAACGAACAGAAAUAGAAAUGCUGGACACGGAUGACACACCAGGAGGUGGUGGCUCUUUAGAUUCAUCACUUCUUGACCAGAGCCUCAACACUUCCAACGUUCCUGUCAAUCAGAUUGAACUGAGAGAGGACGAGAACUAUGAAGUAAGAACAAGUGCGGAAUCAGUGUUGGAUCGCUUGUCGAAGUUCCCCUAUCAAGUGUUUGUGCUAUCUGAGUACGGGAGACCCAUCUUUGUUUCAUGUGGUCACGAAGACCAGCUUUGUUCCCUUUUUGCCCUCAUUGGAGUUUUCGUUUCGAGAGUUAAAGUUUGGGGAGAUCGUUUGCUGCAAUUUUCAUCGGGUGACGUUCAUGUACACUUCUGCCAACGAUCGUCGCUCAUUCUUUGUAUCGUGUCGCGAACAUUUGAACAACUGGAUGAACAGUUGAAUGUUUUAUUUGACCAAAUCGUUUCCACUCUAUCCAGAUCGCAACUAGAUGUCGUCUACACCAAGAAGGGCGAUAAUUAUGAUCUACGGCGUCUGUUAAGGGGUACGGACAAGUAUAUGGACAGCAGUGUAUUAGCAUGGCGCACCGAUAUUUCUCUUCUUCAGUCGGCUAUACGUAUAAUUCCGAUGCCGCCAUCAGACAGAGAUUAUUUGUCUUCUACAAUGGCCUCAUGCUUAACAGCCUCGAAACUUGAUGGUGUCCUUUUUGGUUUAAUGAUCGCCAAUCGACAUGUGGCUGCUAUUGUCCGCUUGAGGCGUUACGCUUUACACCCACGGGAUACUCAUAUUCUUCUUAAUUUGAUCUCUGGGAAUAAUUCACUUCGUAUGUCGGAGGCUCAGACAUGGACACCUAUAUGUCUCCCUAACUUCAAUGACAAAGGAUUUGUGUACGCUUUCAUUUCAUUUCCAUGGGAAGGAAGUGGUGCGUGUCUGAUCCUCCUCUCUAUUAAAAAAGAUCACUUCGAUCCGUUGAAUGAGGUUAAAAAGCGCAUUGUUGAAAAACUGGAAAACAACGCCAAAUUUUUCUCCAGUUUUCAGUCCUGUGUCAACAAUCCAGUUGCUUUUAAUAGCUCUCAGAUUGGUUCUGGCAGUGAUCUUUUGUGGUCCUUCGUCUAUAAGAAUCGGAAUUCUCGACAAGUGUGUAUUUCUGGAGCGAAGGUCCCUCUGAUCUCUCGUGGUGAAAGGAGUGGAACUCGAUGUCUAUUUGAAAGAAUCACACAUAUCAUUCGGGAGGAGCCACACAUGCGAUGCUUGUUUCUAAGACGCAGUCAUGACAAUGUUUUAGUAUGGGUAACCGAUAAGUUCGAACUUCAGUGUGUAUUUAGCCCGCUAGUUUCAGCUAUAAUGGCUACGACAUUAGUGGAUCGCCUAUUAAAAUCAUUAAAAUAUCACGAACAACGAUACUUUAUACUACACAUUCCAUCUUUUUGA